AUGUCUUCUGUAACAAUGGCUUUUAAUUCAUUGUACACGCAUACAAAUUUGACACCCCCUCUAGUUCCUCUUUCGACAACAUCCAUUUAUAGCAGGCCCACGACGGCAUACGCUCCUUCUAUCAACAACUCAAAUUCCACGAGUCCUUAUUAUCACCAAAUACAGCCCCCAGUUCUUGACCCGCAAUCGCAAACCAUGGCCCAACCACCCAUACAGAAAGGAAAUAUGUCCGCUCCUUGGUUCGGUCAAAAUUCAAUGCUGCCUUCCUCUUUUAGUCCAUAUCAACCUUCAAAUGGUUCAAGUAAGUCUGAAUGA